AUGAAGUCGCACAUCGUACUCAUUGCCCUCUCGGCGACCCUCUCCGCCGCUUGGGUCUUUCCCCGACAUCUCCCCGACGGCGUCUACCACAUCACGCUCCCCCACGAGGACGACAAGGAAGGCAAACCCCUGGUCAGACGCUCCCACGAGAUUGUAGAUGAUGAGCUCUUCCACGAGGUCGAUGGCCUGGCCGAGCAUGGAGACAGCCCGGCCAAACUUGGAAAACGACACGAUUGGUAUGGGGAUGAGAGUAUCAAGAACACCGAAGCCAAGCACGAGGAAAAGAACUAUCCCAAACGCCCGUACGAGUUCAAGGAUGACCAGAUCCUCUUCCACAAGGGCCCCCCGGGGUACCCGCCAGAAGGUAUUCCUCCGUUACUCCACGCGCACGACAUCCCUGGCGACUACGGAGAUCUCCCGGUGCACGUCAAGGACUGGGACUGCAACUACAGCACGCCGCCGUACGAGCCGGCCGACUACCAGAUUGCGUUCGACAACCUCGGCAGCUACUGCACGCGGUGGAACGUCAACGGGCGGAGCGCGCACAUCUCGGCGGCGCGGCGUGGCGAGGUGGUCGUGUACUUCUGCAACUACAAGCGCUUCAGACAGCCGUGCUCGCGCCGCCAGCUCCUUUGGCUCACCGAGCACUUCCUGGACCACUUCUGCGGCGAGACCACGCCCGGGUGGGUGUACAGCGAGGUGGACCACAUGACCUACGGCCGGGGCUGGGUCGGCCAGGAGCUGUGCGAGAUGAAGGCUGGCAUCUUCAACCCGCCCGUGAAGAAGGUCGUGUGGGCGGGACGGCCGCCGGACUGGGGGAGCUACAAGAACAAGCCGCCUUUCCACAUGAAGGUCGACAACCACAUCAACUGGAUGCCCGAGGCCAAUGGCCACACCGACCAAGUCGGCCACUUCCGGGCCGAGUGGGAGUUUCCCGGACCGGACGGCGGACCGGACAAGGAAGUGCCGAUUGUCGAGAAGGUCGAAGGCAAGCAGCGCGGCCCCUACGUGCCGACCUCGCCCAAGGACCUCAUCGAGGCCGAGACGGCCCAGCGGAACGAAAAGGCCAGGAUUGAGCUGGCGGCCAAGGUCGAGGCCGAGAUUAAGCGGCUAAAGGGCGUCAAGGCUACCAAGGAACAGGAGGAUCAGACGCGGGCUGAUGCGUUGAACAAGGAGGAGGAGGAUCGGCUGAUGCGGGAGAAGGCGCAGCGGGAGCAGUCUGCGAAGUGGGAAGCUGCGAGGAAGAAGGCUAAGGAGAAGGCCAAGGAGGAGGGGGUAAAAGAGGAGACGGUGGAGGGAGAGAAGGUGGAGGAGAAGGAGAAGGUGGAGGAGAAUAAGAAGCCCGAGGAGAAGCCUAAGGAGGAGGAAAUUGGUGAGAAGGAGAAGCUUAAGGAGGAUAGGCCCAAGAAGGAGCCCAAGGAGGAGAAAGUGGAGGAGAAAGAGAAGGUGAAGGAGAACGAGGAGCCCAAGGAGCAGACAGUGGACGAGGAGAAGCUUGAGGAAGAGAAGCCCAAGACGGAGGAGAAGCCCAAGGAGGAGAAGCCCAAGGAGAAGAAGCUCAAGGAGGUGGUCAAAGAGGAGAAAGUGAACAAGAACAAAGCUGAAAAAGGAAAGGUCGAAGAGAAGACAUAA